AUGACCCUCUCCUCAGAUUCUCCACCAACUUGGAGAAAGAGAAACAGAUUCUUCAAAUCUGAUUAUACCUACAGUCCUCAGUUUGAAUAUGCAAACCCAUCUCUGCCAAGUGUGUUAGCCAAACACAGCAAUGUCUCAGACCGAUUUCUUAAACAGUCCAUCAAUAUUAUGGAACUGACUUUACAGAAAUAUGGAAGUUAUGAAAAGUUUGAGCAGGCCACUGGUGGCAGCCUGCUAUCUAAAACUCGAAUCUGGAGUCAUGUUCGGAAGUACAUGAUGAAAGAAGGCUGCCUGGGUGAGAUUGUAGUUCAUCUCACUGAAGAUCUGCUUUCCCGAGCUUCAAUGACAGUGGUAAAGGGCCCAACACUGACCAUUAAUGUUUCCACAGCACGUGAGCACUGGCUGGAGGGAAUGCUGAGGCUUGAAAUAGGCACACAUUAUUUUCAAGGUAUUAACCUUCAGCAGCCAUGGAACAGUUGGACUGGCCGUAAAAAACAUGAGCUAAAGCCAAACAAUACCACAGAGGAAGGACUGGCAGGUAUUCACAGCGUCCUUUUUAGAAAAGACCCCUUUUUAUGGAGGGCGGGCCUCCUCUACUACACUGUUUAUCGAGCCAGCCAAAUGUCUUUUUGCGAACUCUUCAAAGAUAUUGGAAAGUUUGUCAAGGACCCCAAUACAAGAUGGGAUUAUUGUGUACGAGCCAAGAGGGGAUGGACUGAUACUUCUCAACCAGGCUGCUUUAGUAAAGACCAGGUAUACUUGGAUGGGAUCCUGCAAAUUCACCGGUACAGAGAGACCAUUGACUUUCAUCUACUGACUGCCCUGGGCAAGGCAAUGAUGGCUAAUGCUAAAACAUUAAAAGGAGAUAGACACCCUGGACUUAAAAGAAGAAAAGAAGUUCAGAUAGCCAUGUCCCAUCUGCUGUCCACACAAAUUAAACAAAUCGGCCAAGAACUGGAACUCAUGGCUGAAUCUUAUCGUACUUUAGGGCCCAUGGUGUUAAAUAACAACGUAGCCUUACAUUACUUACUGAUAAAGAUGGAGAGGGAUAUUUUGUGCAUUUGA